UGGUCGCAGACGCCGUGGCGGCCGCCGCUCGUCUGAAGGGAGCUGCUGGCUGGGUCCAGGGAGUCCCCGCCCGAGACCGCGCCGCCGCCGCCGCCGCCGCCGCCGCCGCCGCCGCCAUGGCUACAAAAGACCCUACAGCUGUAGAGAGAGCAAACUUGUUAAACAUGGCUAAACUCAGUAUUAAAGGACUCAUUGAAUCUGCUCUAAGCUUUGGCCGCACUUUGGAUUCUGAUUAUCCCCCCUUGCAACAGUUCUUCGUUGUUAUGGAACAUUGUCUGAAACAUGGUCUUAAAGUAAGAAAAUCAUUUUUGAGUUAUAACAAAACUAUAUGGGGCCCUUUGGAACUGGUGGAGAAGCUGUACCCAGAAGCAGAGGAAAUAGGAGCUAGUGUCCGGGAUUUACCUGGUCUUAAGACCCCCCUGGGUCGUGCAAGAGCGUGGCUUCGAUUAGCCCUCAUGCAAAAAAAAAUGGCUGACUACCUGCGUUGCUUAAUUAUUCAAAGGGAUCUCUUGAGUGAAUUCUAUGAGUAUCAUGCACUAAUGAUGGAAGAAGAAGGAGCAGUAAUUGUUGGGCUGCUGGUUGGCCUGAAUGUGAUAGACGCUAAUCUGUGUGUAAAGGGAGAGGAUUUAGACUCACAAGUUGGAGUGAUUGAUUUUUCCAUGUAUUUAAAGAAUGAAGAAGAUAUUGGAAAUAAAGAAAGGAAUGUUCAAAUUGCUGCCAUAUUAGACCAGAAGAAUUAUGUUGAAGAAUUAAAUAGACAACUGAACAGCACAGUCAGCAGUCUCCAUUCAAGAGUUGACUCUUUAGAAAAGUCAAAUACUAAGCUGAUUGAAGAGUUAGCAAUAGCAAAGAAUAAUAUCAUUAAACUCCAAGAAGAAAAUCAUCAAUUACGAAGUGAAAAUAAAUUGAUUUUAAUGAAAACACAGCAGCACCUAGAAGUUACCAAAGUAGACGUGGAAACUGAGCUUCAAACAUAUAAGCAUUCUAGGCAGGGGCUAGAUGAAAUGUACAAUGAAGCCAGAAGGCAGCUUCGAGAUGAAUCUCAGUUAAAACAAGAUGUGGAGAAUGAGCUGGCGGUACAAGUUAGUAUGAAACAUGAGAUUGAACUUGCCAUGAAGUUGUUGGAGAAAGAUAUCCAUGAGAAACAAGAUACUCUGAUAGGCCUUCGACAACAACUAGAGGAAGUUAAAGCAAUUAACAUAGAGAUGUAUCAAAAGCUGCAGGGUUCUGAAGCUGAUUUGAAAGAAAAAAAUGAAAUAAUUGCCCGACUAGAAGAAAAAACCAAUAAAAUUACUGCAGCCAUGAGGCAGCUGGAACAAAGAUUGCAGCAAGCAGAGAAGGCGCAAAUGGACACUGAAGAUGAGGACAAGAAAUAUCUACAAGAAUGCCAGAGUAAAUUCGACGGUCUGCAGAAACAAAUCUCCCAAAAGGAGAAACAGCUGGUGCAACUGGAAACCGAUCUGAAGAUUGAGAAGGAAUGGAGGCAAACUUUGCAAGAAGAUCUUCAAAAGGAGAAGGACACCUUAUCUCAUCUUAGAAAUGAGACCCAACAAAUCAUUAGUCUUAAAAAAGAGUUCCUUCACCUCCAGGAUGAAAAUCACCAGUUGAAAAAAAUAUAUCACGAACAGGAGCAAGCUCUUCAAGAACUUGGCAACAAACUUAGCGAAUCAAAACUUAAAAUAGAAGAUAUAAAAGAAGCCAACAAAGCAUUGCAGGGACUGGUUUGGUUGAAAGACAAAGAAGCAACACAUUGUAAACUUUGUGAAAAGGAAUUCUCACUCUCUAAGAGAAAGCACCACUGUAGAAACUGUGGGGAAAUUUUCUGUAAUGCUUGCUCUGACAACGAACUGCCUUUGCCUUCUUCACCAAAGCCAGUACGGGUUUGUGAUUCCUGUCACGCAUUACUGAUUCAAAGAUGCUCAUCUAACUUGCCAUAAUACUCCAGAACUAAAUUCUUAUGUAUGAAAAGUACCUACGAUGAAUGUUAUGUAUGAACGUGCAUACAGCGUAUUCAGACAGUCCUUCUUAAGCAGCUUUCAGACAGCACUGGUACCAGUUUUACUUUCCACAUAUUCAACUCACGGGAAUUAUAAACUGUAUAAUUUGACAUUUCCUUCCCCACUGUAACUCAGAAAGAAUUUGAUAGGGCACGCUUUAC